AUGGCUUCAAAUCCUCCAGGACAAUGCUGCGUGGCGAACUUUCCACACGAUGGAACUCCUAAAGGGACAUUAGGGAAGAUCGACCAGAUAUCUACAUACUUUGCCUACCCCGACGCAGGCACCGAUACAGCAACCGAUUCCUCAGACACGGCAAUCCUCUUCAUCACCGACAUUUUAGGGAUAUACGUCAAUGCUAAACUACAAGCCGACGCCUUUGCGCAGACACUGAAAUGCACCGUUGUCAUGCCGGAUCUGUUUAAUGGGGAUGCUAUUCCGGCCGAUGCGUUUGAGAAGGGGCUUGUUGAUUUGAAUUCGUGGCUACAGAAGCAUACAGUUGAGACCGUUGAUCCUAUCAUUGAACGGACAAUCAAGUAUCUGCAAGAGGAGAAACAAUUCAAGAAGAUCGGCGCUGUUGGUUACUGCUUUGGUGGCAAGUAUGUUGUUCGCUUCCUAGCGGGGCAACGCAGCACUGCUAUCGACGCGGGAUACAUUGCUCAUCCCUCUUUCGUCACCGAGGACGAACUUGCAGCCAUUCAAAAACCAUUGGCAAUCAGUGCGAGUGAAACCGACGCCAUCUUCACAAGAGAGUUGCGACACAAGUCGGAAGAUAUCCUUGCAAAGACCGGCCAGCCAUACCAGAUCAAUUUAUUUAGUGGAGUGUCUCAUGGUUUUGCUGUCAAGUGUGAAAUGGAGACUCGGCACCACAAGUGGUCCAAGGAACAGGCAUUCGCACAGGCGAUAGCUUGGUUUAAGGAAUACCUAUGA